CGCGGCGCGCUCAUUUAAUGGCAGCCCGGGCCCGGCGUAUGGCUGCUGGGCCCCCCGCGCCACCGGCCCCGCGUGCGCCUCCGCUCCGAGCGCUCGGCCUCGGGCGGCCAGCGGCCAGCGCGGCCCGGGCACCGCGGCCCGGCUCCCCGACCCUGCGCGCGCGCGGGCACCUGCCCCGCGGUCCCUAGCCCCCUCCCGGCGGCCCCGCGCCCGCCCCCUCCGAAGCCCCCUCCGAGCCCCCCUCGGCGCCCGGCUCCCCCCCGAGGCCCCGGGGACCGGCACAUGCCCGGCGCACGCGGCGCGCCGCCCUGCUAGAAGUUGCGGCCGCGGAGUUGGAAGCCGGCGCAGGAGGGAGACGCCGAGGCGCCCGGAGGAGGCAGCGAGCCCCGCUCGGGGCCCAGCGGCGCCGCUUCGGACCCCGAAAGUGGAGGAGCCUCAACUUGGCCACGACUGCACCUGUUUGCACAGCGCAGCCUAGAGAGCGCGGACGGCGGCGGCGGCCCGGCUAUCGACCUGCCGGGCGAGCGGUUCGUGCACCCGGAGAAACUUUGCACCGCGAGCCGGACCCGCGCCAAGUGCGUGUGCUUUCGCCUCUUUUUUGUUGUCGCCUCCACCCAACCUCCCUCUCUCCGCUAGGCGCUCCCCCCCCCCCCCGGUCUCUUUGGGCCGAGCCUCUCUCCACCCCCACCCCCACCCGGCCGUCUAUGCUCCAGGCCCUCUCUCCGCGGUCCCGGUGAAGCCGCGAGCCGCCCAGAUGUACAGCAUGAUGAUGGAGACCGACCUGCAUUCGCCCGGCGGCGCCCAGGCGCCCACGAACCUCUCGGGCCCGGCCGGGGCGGGCGGGGGCGGCGGCGGGGGCGCCAAGGCCAACCAGGAUCGGGUCAAGCGGCCCAUGAACGCCUUCAUGGUGUGGUCCCGCGGGCAGCGGCGCAAGAUGGCCCAGGAGAACCCCAAGAUGCACAACUCGGAGAUCAGCAAGCGCCUGGGCGCCGAGUGGAAGGUCAUGUCGGAGGCGGAGAAGCGGCCUUUCAUCGACGAGGCCAAGCGCCUGCGCGCGCUGCACAUGAAGGAGCACCCGGAUUACAAGUACCGGCCGCGCCGCAAGACCAAGACGCUGCUCAAGAAGGACAAGUACUCGCUGGCCGGCGGGCUGCUGGCGGCCGGCGCGGGCGGCGGCGGCGCGGCCGUGGCCAUGGGCGUGGGCGUCGGGGCGGCGGCCGUGGGCCAGCGCCUGGAGAGCCCGGGCGGCGCGGCGGGCGGCGGCUACGCGCACGUCAACGGCUGGGCCAACGGCGCCUACCCCGGCUCGGUGGCCGCGGCGGCGGCGGCCGCGGCCAUGAUGCAGGAGGCGCAGCUGGCCUACGGGCAGCACCCCGGCGCGGGCGGCGCGCACCCGCACGCGCACCCGGCGCACCCGCACCCGCACCACCCGCACGCGCACCCGCACAACCCGCAGCCCAUGCACCGCUACGACAUGGGCGCGCUGCAGUACAGCCCCAUCUCCAACUCGCAGGGCUACAUGAGCGCGUCGCCCUCGGGCUACGGCGGCCUCCCCUACGGCGCCGCGGCCGCCGCCGCCGCCGCCGCGGGCGGCGCGCACCAGAACUCGGCCGUGGCGGCGGCGGCGGCGGCGGCGGCCGCGUCGUCGGGCGCGCUGGGCGCGCUGGGCUCGCUGGUCAAGUCGGAGCCGAGCGGCAGCCCGCCGGCGCCCGCGCACUCGCGCGCGCCGUGCCCCGGGGACCUGCGCGAGAUGAUCAGCAUGUACCUGCCGGCCGGCGAGGGCGGCGACCCGGCGGCCGCGGCGGCGGCGGCGGCGCAGAGCCGGCUGCACUCGCUGCCGCAGCACUACCAGGGCGCGGGCGCGGGCGUCAACGGCACGGUGCCCCUGACGCACAUCUAGCGGCUCGGGGGCGCCGGGGACGCGGCGGCGCCCGGCCCGCGGGAGCCCCGGCCCCGCGCCCGCCCGAGCCCCCGGGGCCCGGCUGCGCGCUGGCCUCCCCGCGCGGGAAGAGCGCGCCGG